AUGUCAGAGUUGUAUUUUGAAAAUAUUACACAGGAGAUACGUGGUCACACAUACCCUGGAAAAUUAAGACUCAAACCUACAGAACUUAUGUUUAAGAAUGAAUCUACGGGAAAAGUUGACCAUUUUUCCAGUAACGACAUCGAUUCCGCUCAAUGGGUAAACAGAGCUGCUGGCCAAUGCUUACGCUUGAAACUCAGAAAUGAUAGCGUUCAUCGUUAUGAUGGCUUUGGGGAAAUCGAAGCCGAAAAAUUUUCCUCUUAUUUUAAGAAGAACUUUAAUAUGGACGUUGAAAAACGUGAAAUCUCCUACAAGGGAUUCAAUUGGGGUGAUGUUGUAUUCGAAGGAAAUGUUUUGGAAUUUGUGUGCAAAAAUGCACUGGCUUUCGAUGUUCCAUUAAGUAACAUAUCUAACGCUUCUUCAAAUAAGAAUGAAGUUAUUCUUGAGUUUCACCCAAAUGAUGAUGCUGAGUUGUGUUUGUCGGAAAUGCGAUUUCAUACUCCAAGCACUGAAACAGAUAAAGAUGGCGCAGCUACUGAAAUUUAUAAUCAAGUUAUUGACAAGGCCGAUAUUAUUCAAGUCACUGGUGAUUCAUUGGUUGAGUUCAAAGGCAUCUCCUAUCUACAACCCCGUGGUCGUUACGAUGUUAAACUCUACACUACGUUCAUUCAUCUGCAUGGGAAGUCAUUUGAUUACAAGAUUCCCAAGAAUACUAUCAUUAGGUUCCUUCUUCUCCCUCAUCCAGAUAAUCGUCAAAUGUUCUUUGCUGCUCAAGUCGACCCUCCUCUAAAACAUGGUCAGACACGCUAUCAUAUUAUUGUCAUGGUCUUCGAAAAGGACAAAGAUGUUGAGAUUGAGCUAACAGCCACGGAUGAUUAUCUGCAAAAAAAUUAUGAAGGCAAGCUAACUCAAGUAAUGGUCGGUCCUGAGUAUGAUCUGUUUGCGCGUCUCUGCAAGAUUCUCUACGGCCAAAAGAUUACUGGUCCUGGCUCAUUUAAGUCAAAGAACGGUGGUUCCGCAAUUGCUUGCAGUCACAAGACCUGUGUUGGUCUCCUCUAUCCCCUUGAACGUGGGUUUUUUUUCGUGCCCCGACCUCCUGUCUCUAUACGUUUUGAGGAGAUUGCUAGUGUAAAUUUUUCCCGUGGUACUGGGGCCCUCCGGUCUUUUGACUUCGACAUUGAAACACGAGUGGGUGUAACACACACUUUCGUAUCAAUUGAACGCGAUGAAUACCACAAGUUGUAUGACUAUGUUCGAGACAAGCGACUUAGCAUCAAGAAUAUUGAAGAUAAUGAAACUGCAUAUAGAGCAAAGAAGGACGAGAUUUGGUCGUCUUCCGAUGAAUCUCAUGAUGCAUAUUUGAACCAGGUCAAGGCGGAAGGUCGGGAACGCACGGCGGAGCAUGCGCACGCGUCUUCUGGAACAUUCGCGGGGGCAGACUUUUCAGAUGAUGAUGACGAUGAUGAAGACUUCAAUCCUCCUGAGAUGGAUUCCAGUGAAGAUGACAUUGCAGAAGAAUAUGACAGCAAUGCUGAGUCUUCUGAAAGCGCUUCUUCGGAUGGUGGUAAAUCUGAAAGUGGUUCAUCUUCGAAACGUCGUCGUCACCGAAAGGAGCAUAAACACAGAUCGAGCCAUCACAAAAAACACUCUACAGCUCCAAGAAAAUCAGAGUCUAAGAAAUCCAAAAGAGACCCCAAUGCACCCCCCAGACCCUCCUCUGCAUACAUUAUAUGGUUUAAUGAGAAUAGACAACGGAUUAAGGAGAGUCUUGGCAGUUCGGCUAGCAUCACAAGCGUGGCUAAAGCAGCUGGAGAGAAGUGGAAUAAUAUGAGUUCAGAUUUAAAGGCCAAGUACCAAGCGCAAGCGGAUAAGCAGAAGGAAAAGUAUGAGGAGGAUAUGAAGGUCUACAAGGCGAAGAUUGCUUCGGGGGAAAUUUUCGUUCCUAAAAGUAUAGAAAAGGGGAAAAAGAAAGAGAAGUCAAAGACUGCUACUCCCAAGAAGUCUUCUGGAGGCGCGAGUUCUUCUCAUAGUGGCGCAUUUAAGAGUGCUGAAUAUGUGGAAGAGUCGGAAACUUCGUCUUCUUCACCUAAAGACAAGAAGGGAGGUGGAAGUGAUAAUGAUGACUCGUUGAGUGAUAUGAGUGAUUAA